ACAACUAUUUAAGAAAUAUUAUAUUAAUUCGUGAUUGAAAGUGAUAUUUUAUGAUCAAAUUUACUUUUAUUUAUAUACUGUAUUUUAUUUUUCAAUAUAAUUUACCUACUUUUUUCAAUGACAUCAAAAAAGAAUACCUUGUUAUCAUUUUUCACAAGCAAUAAAAAAAUUCGAAGAGAAAAUGAAAAUAACGAGUCUGAAGUGAACUCACCAGUUAGAAAAAUUACAUAAGUAAACAAGUCUGCAUGUACCACAAAUUCUUUGGAAAGUUUUAGUGAGGCAUCGAAUUCACGAUUACAGCAAGUGCUAACUAAUCUAUGGGUACCAGAUGUUGAAUAUAAAUUCCCAUUGCUUGCAAAAAAUGAAAAACGUGGCUUAAGAUUUCAGCAUAAAUGGCUAAAAGAAUUUAAUUGGCUGGCGUAUUCAAAUGUCAAAAAUGGGACAUUCUGUAAAUACUGUGUAUUGUUUGCAAAAAAUGGUGGUGUUGGAAGCCAGCCUUUGGGUAGCCUUGUUACUGUUGCUUUCAGCAACUGGAAGAAGGCAAAAGAGACUUUUCGGGCUCGUGGAAGUUUGAAAUAUCAUACAUUGUCUGUUCUAGACUCUGAACACUUUUUAAAAAUAAUAGAAAAAAAGGAACUGUCUAUAAUAGAACGCAUAGCCAAUAAUAGAAUGGUACAAAUUGAAGAAAAUAGAAGGAAAAUAAGACCAAUUAUUUAGUGUAUAAUUCUAUGUGGUAAAGAAGAGUUGGCUUUGAGAGGACAUAGAGAUUUUGGUGAUAUCUUAGUAGAUGAUAAUUCAAGGCAAGGCCAUUUCCGUGGUAUUCACAAGUACAGAGCAAAAGGAGAUGAAUUUUUACGUAAUGUUCUUGAGGGUUCAGGGAAACGUAAUAAAUAUACGAGUCCAAUUAUACAAAAUGAAAUAAUUCAGUCAUAGCAACUCAGUAUAUGUGUUUGAUAUAUUGAUGAAAACAAUAAGUUGCAUGAGAACUUUUUACAGUUUUUUGAAAUUGAUAGCUUGACUGGUUAUGACUUGGCCAACUCAAUAUUAAAUGGCUUAAACAGAUGUGGAAUUGAUUGCAAUUAUUUAUAUGGCCAAGGCUAUGAUGGGGCCAGUAAUAUGGCUGGUCGAUUUAAAGGAGUACAGACUUUUGUGAAAUCUAAAUACCCCAACGCUAUAUAUGUACAUUGUGCAGCACAUUCGCUGAAUUUAGCUGUUUCAACAGCUAGUGGCAUAAAACCUAUCAGAAAUUGUUUGGGGGUGAUCGAAAAAGUUUAUAAUUUUUUCAAUACCCCUAAAAGAAAUUCUGUUCUUUUAAAUACCAUUGAGAAUUCAAAUAAUGCACCCCAAGUAAAACAACUCAAACGGCUUUGUGCUACUCGUUGGAUUCAACGUUAUGAUUCUGUAAAUGAUUUUUCUGAACUAUUUUCAUUUGUUCUCAAUGCGUUAGACAUUAUAUCUGAUUGGAAAGAAUCAACAGAUGCUGAAAUGCUUCAGAAAGCGUUAAAAGAUUCAGAGUUUUUGAUUUCUUUGAAUGUUAUAAAGGUAUUAUUUUCUUAUGGACUUCCGCAGUGUAAACAAUUGCAAAAAGUUCAAAUUGAUUUGAAAAAGACAAUACUCAUAGUAGAAAAUAUAAUAGCUACUUUAAAAUGUAUCAGAGAAAAUAAUGAAAUAGAAUUCAAAAUUAUCUAUAAUAAUGUCAAAAAAAUGGCAGAUGAUGUUGGAAUUGAAUUGCUAGAGAAAAAAAUUUCUUCUAAACAAACACAUAGAGCUAAUCCAAAUUUACAAAAUCAUUCUACCGAACAAUACUAUCGUGUAACAGUAUUUUUACCAUAUAUUGAUUACUUUAUAUCACAACUUACUGAGCGUUUUAUAAAUCAUAAAAGUAUUUUUGAAGGGUUCGAUUGCAUUUUUAAAACCCAGCCAUUGCCACUAGAGAUAAAUGACCGAGAACAAUUUAAUAAGCUUGUGAACAUAUAUUCACCCGUUGUAGAUAAAUUCAAUAGCAUAGCCGAAUUCAAUAUGUGGAAAACAAAACUAAUUACAGAUAAUAUCAUUCUUAGUUCAGGAUUACAGGCAUUAGAAAUUUGUGAUAAAGAAUUUUAUCCCAACAUUUACAUGUUGAUAAAAAUAUUUUGUACGCUUCCAGUGUCAACAACAACUCCUGAACGAUCAUUCUCUAAUUUAAAAAGAAUUAAAACUUAUCUCAGGAAUAGUAUGAAUGAAACUAGACUGAAUGGAUUGGCUCUAUUAGCGUGCCAUACAGAAACAAAGAUUACACCAGAUGAAGUCAUUGAUGAAUUGUUUCUGAAAAAUAGAAGACUGGAGUUUGUUUUGUAAAAUCACUGCAAAUAAAUGGCUAUAUGUGCCUAUGUGUUAUAUAUACCUAUGUAGAUAAUAGAUAUCAAUGAUCAAUAUAAUUAUAUGAUAUUUUACAUUUUUACAGAACAAAUUAUUAAUUAGCUAAAUAUUUUAUAAAUUUAUUUCAUUGUGUUGAUUAUUAUAAAUCUAUAUUAAGCUAUUAAUAUAUUUUUUAUUCAUUAGAUUAUUAUGUUAAACUUAAAAUGCUAUUCAUUAAUUAAUAUUGUCUU